AUGGAAGUUCUUUACAAGAUCUCCAAGAGCCCACGAGACGACAUCCGAAAACAGCUCUACUCCAGACUGGUGUUCAUCACCUUGCAGGAGUGCAUUACCCUCAGCGCUCGCCCUGAUAUACAAUUGAGAGCCUAUGAGGUUCUCUACCAUAUGGCCAUCACUCGAAUAUACGACCUUGCCCUUUGGGAGCAGUUCGACCUGCUUCGGCACGCAGUUAAGGUGGCACGUCUAUCAGCUGGUCGUGGUGGCCGUGAGCAGCAUUCAGAGCGAUUAUGGAUACUGCUAUUGGGGUCUUGUCUAGCCCUGAUAUCGGGCGAACUGAGCGCUACUUUCAUGGAUGCACUGGAGAGCUCCGAGCAUCUACACUCUUACCUCAAGCAUCAUUAUGAUCGACUACAGACGACCGAGGGGACAGCGGAUGAGUCCCCGACUCACCAGGAGCUGUGCACCAUGGUAGGCGUAUUCGUGCAGCAGUUCUUCAUGCGCUGUAACAUGACCAAGGCUUCCAAGCUAUGGGCGCAAUGGAGAUCCUCGGGCCUGGUUGAUCUCUUCCGGCGUGACAUCGAAGGAUAUGUUGAGCGGAAGACCACAGAAAACGACGCCGCUUUCGACUCGGUUUGUUGGUUGCUUGUCCUCGGCUUGGACCGUGGCUUCAUGGCAACUACUGAGUGCACGGAUUCUGGCAAAUUCAUAGAAGCCUUGGGCCGCCGGGUCGAGCACUUGGUGGAUUUCCUGGCUCCACCUUUGCAUCUGGACAAUGAGGCAUCGAAAGAUCUCUGGCGACCUCCUUGUGACGAGGAAGCGGUUGGUAGGGCCUCCAUGGCAUACAAGCUGCUACUUACGAUGGUGUUGACGCUGAGUAGUCGACGAGCUGGCGAAGGAGAGUCCGAGAAAAGGCGGCUGCCCCUAGGCGUGCUGGGCGGAGUACUCCUGCGGUGUGCUCUGGCUCGAGAUGAGCGCAUAGCUGACUUGGCUUCUGUGGCGGUGAUGGAGUUGUCGCGAGAGGCCGGCAACACCGAAUCCAUGUCGGACCACAGUCUGACGGGCAUCAUGAUUUCGAAGCUACAUGACCGAUCCAUGGAGAUUUUGAAGUGGACGGAUACCAAGUGCAUAAGUGUCGCUACGGCGAUCUCCAGACUGUGUGAGAGGGCUCCUGGGAAGAUGCUCCGUUAUAGAGAGCAGUUGCUGAGGGCUCUCUCGCUGGAACCUGGCAGCAUCCAUGAGGACUUUCAAUGGAGUCUUCAUCGUGCUGUGGCCUACCUUGCUCGCUUCUCGGGGCUGCGCGUUGGUGACACUAUGGCAGCCGAAGGGUUUGGUGAGAAGCAGUUGGAGUACCUCCUGAGCUGCGCUGACUGGCGACUUCCGUCUUCUGUGAUGGCGAUGCCCGGGGAUGGUAUCAGGGAUGAUGUCCGCUACUACUGUCAAGUUAUACUAGUCCAAGCGUGUACUCAUUCUGAGUACUUUUGUGAGAAUAGAAAAUACUAUUUCGACUACAAGCAUGUCGGGAAGGAGCAGUGCACGGUAUUGAACGUGAAUCGGUUGUUGACCGCCCUUCAUGUUUGGAACUGUGUCGGCAUGAGGACGAAGGGCUGUGAGGAAGCAUUGGCGAGCUUCAUCGAGCUAUUGGUCACGGAUGAGAAAGUUGAUUACUCAGAUAAGCGGCUCAAGCUGCUGCUUGCACCGCUGCUGAGGAGCAUUGCUGAUGCCGAUGAUGACUCUGACUGGAUAGUCAGAGUCGUCAGAACACCUCCGUUCUAUCACCUGUUGAGCAAUUUUGUUGGCGAUGAGAUCGCAGCCAAACCCGAGGAGGCUAACGACGUUGCAGUCGUGGAUCAGGCGCUGUAUGCCUGUGCUCGCUAUGUGACUCUAUCGGUACAGCAACAGGGGGGAGGUGCGACAGUAGCAGCAGCACCGUGGACAGCCGCGAGUCAGCCUGUGAAUGAGCUGCAUCAGAAGAUAUGCCGGUGGAUUCCUAUAGGAGCCGCUGUGCAAUCAUCAACUGUGAGGUUCAGAGCAGUACAGUAUUUAGGGGCCCUUGCUGCCUUCGAAGAGAUGUGCAAAAGAUGGUAUGUUGAGACGGAGCACUGCCAGCUUCCCGCAGCCCCCUCAAUGGCCCACCUGCUGCGAUAUGAGCAAUCCUCGGAGUAUCUCCACUUCCUGGCAUCGUCUCUUCUCUCUCAGUCGCCUUCCAGAGUGACUACCACGCACACUCUGUUGGUAAUCCUCGCGGUCAACUACAAGUUCCAUCUCCACGAUGGGACACAUACUCCUGAUGAGUUCAGAGCGCCAAUGGGGCUGCUAGUGCGGGACCAUAAUGCUAGGAGGUAUCUCUCGUGCCAAGGCCUGGCGUAUCUCCUCAAAGCUGCAGCAUGCGAUGUAGAGAUCGGCCUUGAAGACUUAUGGAUUGAAGAUCUCCUACGUAUUAUGACCGAGACUGUGGAUGACGUUAAAGGAUGUGGUUCAGUAUUGGCUGCCGCCGAUCCAGUCGAUCGGGUAGAGUUACUGUGCGAGAUCGCUAGGCUGUGUAGAACGAUGGCCCGAAAAUGGGUCGACACGGAAGGUGUUGGCAAGUAUCCAAGUGUGUCUCCUGAAUCCAUCCUACAUGUCACUUUGAAGGCAUUCGCCAGAUUCCACAAGAACCUCGAUCUCCCAGGUAGAUUGUCUGGUGGGAGCUACUCACUCAUGCAGGCUAACCUGUUGCGGGAGCUUCUAUUUACGUUGCAGACGCUUAUGGUCCGCUGCAAGGAGAGCGGACGGCGAGUUGGGUGGACUCGGGUUGAUUGUCUCUGGCUCGAGACUGUUCUGCAGAUCGCCCAAAGAAAUCUUUAUGAUCGUGGGAACUCAUAUAUACCGGCCGAGCUGGCCAGAGUUAUCUAUGUUGUUAUUGUAUGCGGCUUCCAAUUCACCGACAGACAUUUCCCUGAGCUCCUCGGAGAAUACGCUUAUGACUUCAGCUCUGGUACCGAGGACGCCGAGACAAAAGAGCUCGCUAGUGUGUCCAAUGCUGUGCUCACAACAACGUCGGGCAACCGAAGUACUUCCAUCAUCAGUCGUGCUGUAGCCAAGGUGUUGAACAACGUAGCAGUGUUCAUCCUCCAGCUUCGAGAGAUUGUAGACGAACGUCAAAAGCUCUGGCACUAUAGAACUGUUGCGUCGUGGACUUGCAUGACAAGAGUCGUCGACCAGAUCGUUGCCAACGAUGAAUGCGUCGAAUAUAUCCUCAGCUUGUUCAGUGAACCUUCCUUUGCGAAGUACAGUGUGGUCAUUGUCCAUAACAUCUCCGCUGUGCGCAGUGACUUCACCCUAUACUGCGAAGGCCUCCUCGAGACAGUCAUGAGCUGCUAUUUAUCUAGCCUUGAUCGGGACCACGAUGUGCUCGGUCCACCCGUGGCGUCGGACCAACAGCUGGCCAUUACCCUCCCGCGACUUCUCCUCGGAACUAUUCGCCAUUCUCUUCUCGAAGGCCCUUCCGGCGACGCUAGCUUAGUACUUGGUAGUCAUAGACUCGUCACAUUACUUGAAGUCUUUACAAGAGUACCAGAGAGAGAUUUGCCACUGAUGCUUCCUUGCAUGGUUCGCCUCUGCCGGGAUGGUGGCCUAGGGUCUCGGCAAGAGAUACUGCGUCACCCUGAGGUGUUGGACAGGCUGUGGAGGGUCGCGAUUUCCAGUGGAGUACCAGGACGGGUUAGUAGCUCAGCAUUGGAGGCAGCGUCUCUUGGACUUCCGUAUUGCCCUGGAGGUCACCACCUAGAAAAGGUCAAAUCCGAGUAUUCAGAUGCCGAGCCAAAGCGAGCAGGUCGACAGAGUCUGUAUUUGCGCAAGGCCUCUCGAGGCGCAAGCAAAAUACAAUCGAAAGAAGCCGACCUUAGCGUGAAGAUGGUGGCUCUACCAAAAUUGGUAGAGGAUGCUGUGUGGAUGAUGGCCACAUAUUGCACGCUAUCAACACUCUGGUCCAUGGGCCCUGAGCCUCAGGGCAUAUAUUACGAUGAGCAACGAGCCUUGGAUAUCAUCCGUAAAGCUGAAGAUAUCUGUGACUCAGCGUUGCAAGAGGAUCUGCCUAGAUCCGAAGGAUCGGAGGCGGAGCCCCACAGAGAUCGGCUUGUUAUAGCUGCCUUACAUCUCCUAGUAUUCGUAGCAGCCAACGACUCCUUAAUGCCCAACUGUACACCGGUUGUGGACGGUAUGGCGAAAAUUGUUAAGCUCCUCCUAGCGAGUUCUAAUAAUCCCAAAUAUCAUCAACUCGUCACCAUUGUCUGCCAGCGUGCCCAUCUGUAUCGGAACGGGGCCAUUUGCAGUAAUCUGAUCGAUCGGCUGGGCACACUCCCAGAGCUUGCCGCUGACAUGGUAGCUCGGUGUAUGGCUGAACCGCUCGAGGAGCCACUACCUAGUAUAGAAUGUAUCACUUUCAUUGGCAUGUUCACGGAGAUGAUCCUCCACAAGGGCAUCAACACUAUGCCGAAAGGACGAGACCUGUGCCUUCUGGUUUUCUCUGGACUCGCGCACGCCUUGGUCUUGAAGCCCGACCUUGGUGAGGAAUUCCUCAUGCGUGCAUCGGGCGCGGAAACACUGCGAAGAGUGUUAUCUCUCCUCAACCAGCUCGGCAGUGCAGCUAGGAGUGUGUUACAAUGUAUUCAUACUCUGCUUCGUCUUGUAUUUGUCCCCUACUACACGACUUACACUACUCAUGGACGCAACCCAAGUCUCGAUACGCUUUUCAUCACAACGCUAUCCAACGCGAUACCGCCUCUCGUGGGGCUUCGUCUCUCCGACAAUGAUGGUGGCUGGGUCCAGCGCUUCAUAUACACUGGCACUUACAUGGUUUAUGUUGCCUGUGUGCAAGCCGGGAGUGAGAGCAACGACGAGGUGAGCAGAUCUCUGUCCGCCUCUAACGGUGGAGUUCGAACUGUCAGACCGCCACUAGACUGGCCACUGACGUCUUCAUACACAGGAAGCUGCACAUGGCGCUCGGUAGACUACUUUGUCAUCUAG